AUGAAUAAAAAGGUGGAUAUGCUUAUCAGUACGCUUAAUAGAAUUAAGGAUGUUUCAUUAAAAUUUAAGAAUCCAUCGUUUAACCAUUAUUUUUCAAAAAAGGCUGAGGAUUGUCUGGAAAUGGUAAAUAACAAGAGAGAGAAUUUAACUGAAGAAGAUGUUGAGAAGCUAAUUAACGAAUAUUCUGAACUUGAAAAUGUAUUGAAUCGACAAACUACUGUUCAAAAUUUGUAUUAUUCUGAUAAAACUGAUGUUGAUAAAUAA